AUGUCGUUCUUCAUUGAUAACCCCAAUGUGGGAAACCACAACCACCUGGAGGAUUCGCGCAUCCUCGGUUACAAUCCCCUCACCCCACCAAAUCUCCUCCAACAUGAAAUUGCUAUGACCGAGAAGUCGCGCCAAACUGUCCUCCAGGGUCGUAAUGAGGCAGUGGCUAUCGUAAAGGGCACAGAUACCGACAAGCAUCGGUUGUUGGUAGUCAUUGGCCCAUGCUCCAUCCACGACCCGACCAUGGCCCUGGAAUACUGCGAUCGCCUGCUAAAAUUGAAGGAGAAGUACGAAGAUGACCUGUUGAUUGUCAUGCGCUCGUACCUAGAAAAGCCCCGCACAACAGUCGGCUGGAAGGGUCUUAUCAAUGACCCUGACAUUGACAACAGCUUCCAGAUCAACAAGGGUCUGCGUGUCUCGCGCCAGCUUUUCGUCGAUCUAACCAACAAGGGCAUGCCUAUCGCCAGUGAAAUGCUCGACACCAUCUCUCCCCAGUUCCUUGCUGACUGUCUGUCCGUCGGUGCCGUCGGCGCCCGUACUACCGAGUCCCAGGUCCACCGUGAGCUGUCUUCUGGUCUUUCUUUCCCCGUCGGUUUCAAGAACGGUACAGACGGCUCGCUGGACGUUGCUGUCGACGCCAUUGGCUCUGUCAGACACCCCCAUCACUUCCUAUCCGUCACCAAGCCCGGUGUUGUAUCUAUCGUCGGCACAGUCGGUAACCCAGAUUGCUUCGUCAUCUUGCGCGGUGGAAAGAGGGGUCCUAACUACGAUGCUGCCAGCAUUGCUGACGCAAAGUCUAAGCUGGAGGCUAAGGGUCUCCCACCCCGCUUGAUGGUAGACUGCAGCCACGGAAACUCUGAGAAAAAUCACAAGAAUCAGCCCAAGGUCGCCGCUGUUCUCGCUGAGCAGAUUUCUGCCGGCGAGGCUGGCAUCAUGGGUGUCAUGAUUGAGAGUAAUAUUAAUGAGGGCAGUCAGAAGGUUCCUGCUGAGGGCAAGUCUGGUCUCAAGUAUGGUGUCAGCAUCACAGAUGCUUGUAUUGGCUGGGAGGAUACUGAGUCCGUCUUGGAAAACUUGGCACAAGCUGUACGGACUCGCUGUCAAAAAUUGAAUGGCGCAAAAUAA